GUUUCUUACUUAUACUAAAGCGUAUCUCACUAAAAGUUUUUCCAAAUUACGGGGCAGCUAAAAUGGUUUGUUAAUAGUGGCAGUUGAAAACUUAUUUGCUGGAUAAGAAACUCGUGCGGGGCAAUCAACGACACGAACCAACAACGACAACGCUUUUGAAGCAACCAAUCCAAUCUUUUACUAUUCUCUCAUCUAAUGCAGAACCACCAGCUCUUGACUCCAAAAGAGAAACAAGUUCUCGAUUCUCAACGUGAAAUCGACUGGCUUAAGCGACAAAUUCAACAAUAUGAACAAAAGUUGGAUUCGUCGCCAGACCUUGAAUCCAUGUUAUCGUUAAAGCCCAGCGAAGAAGACAACACGAUUGAAUCGCACAAGGAGACCAUUGAUGAAUUACGCGAAAAGCUCGACGUCAUGACACAGUUUAAUUUGAGCAAAGACAGUCUUACGAAUGCCGUUGACGCUUCCCAUAAUGUGCUGAGAUCACUGUACCGCGGCUUGGUCGAUCACGAUUCAUUUGAACGCAGCCGAGCUGUUAAGGUCAAGAUUGAUGAACGCGACGAACUCACAAGUUUGUUCCUGACUGGGUACGAACAGCUGCGCAAAGCAAAGAAUGAACUAGCGCUAACGCAAGCGAAAAUCAUCGAUUGUCACCAAGAAAACCGAGAGUUAAUGCAAACUCUUCGCGAUUUAAAAGAACAAGCUAUGCAGGAAAUGGAACAACUGGAACAAUCAGAAGAAGGUGCUAUCCUUGCCUCACAAGUGACUGAUCAUACAGAACGGUAAAAUCUAUUCACGUAAUUGAGCGAGAUAAUGUUUGGCU